UGCCGUCUAUCGGGACUUGGGAAAAUUCUGUCUAGUUAACCUCGUUUGAAAUUAAUAUGCGUACGAACUGUUGCAAGUCUAAUGUCUAAUGAUGCAAACAUGAUGUGCGUUCGCCCUUUGAGUAUCUUUGACUUCGGUAUACGGAUUGGCUGGGUAGGAAGAACAGGUAUUGGAAGCAGCGAAAGUAAUUUAGGUUAUACAUGAUAAACUAUUGUAUCGCAUUUGAUCAAUUUUGAUAUCGACAGCAUAUUUUUAUACAUGUAUCAAAGUGGCUUGAAUGAAUAUUAAUAUGUAAAACGCAAAAGAUGAUGACGAGCUCUUCGUCAAAAAGCAGCAGUCACGGUUUAGAACAUGCCGUGGCAGGUGCUAUCAGCGGUUUUGUGACGAGAUGUAUUUGUCAACCCUUGGACGUUGUGAAAAUUAGAUUUCAGCUACAGGUUGAACCGAUCGCCGAUCAUCAUGUCAGUAAAUAUCGUUCUUUGGUCCAAGCAUUUUACACGAUAGUCAAAGAAGAAGGUGUUUCUGCUCUGUGGAAGGGACACAUUCCUGCACAAGUACUGUCAGUGGUAUACGGAAUGGGCCAGUUCUAUUCAUAUAAUAUAUUUAUGAAGGCGUCUAAUCGCUUUGCAUUCUCGAACGAAUGGCCGUAUCCGACAAAAUUUGUAGCUGGUGCAGGUGCCGGGUUUGUAGGUACAGUCGUGUCGUUUCCUUUUGACACCAUACGAACGAGAUUAGUGGCACAGUCGACCAUUCGCCCAGCGUACAAAGGAAUCACUCAUUGCUGCAGUUGUAUUGUGAAACAUGAAUCUCCAAAGGUGUUUUUUAACGGAUUACUACCAACGCUGUUGCAAAUUAUCCCACAUUCCGGUUUACAAUUUGCAUUUUACGGCUUUUUCAGUGAUGCGUACAAAAAAUAUCGCAACGAAACUGACGUCAGUUUUUACAAUUCUAUGGUGUCGGGCAGCGUAGCCGGUUUGCUGGCUAAGACCGCGAUAUAUCCUUUUGAUCUCAGUAGAAAAAGAUUACAAAUACAAGGAUUCAGAGAUGCUAGAAGAGGUUUCGGCACUUUUUUCGAAUGCACUGGGCUCGUAGAUUGUUUAAGAGUAACUGUCAAGGUGGAAGGAGUGAGAGGAUUAUUUAAAGGUUUGCUGCCGAGCCAAUUGAAGGCUACUGCAACAAGCGCGUUACAUUUUACUGUAUACGAGCAAAGCUUGAUAGCAUUGAAAGCGUUGAGAUCACGUCAACAAUAAUUGCUGGUCGAUCGUCGAACAGCAAUCAUAGCUAUUUUUUAACUAUUAGUCCUACUACUACUACUACCACCACCACCAUCACUGUAUCCACGUAACUUUAUACCGUAUAUAUGCGAACGUAUGGAAUACUGGAAGGCUGGUACGCAGUCAUUAGUUGUUGUAUCACGUUUAUACAAAGAAUUUGUUUACAAAACUAAAUCCGUUUGAAAGAAA